AUGCCCUCAGCUAUGACUACUAACAUCUCGUCCGCACCUUCGGCAUCCCCCUUCGCCCCCCCCUCGGCUUCAGCUUCGCAUAAACAAGUAGAAGAAAGCGUUCAACUGUCUCCGCUUUUAUCUUGCAAAACGGCUAAAGUGCCGGAAUCCAAGGUCGUUGAAACCCCCUCACUGUAUCCACGACAACCGCUGUCUCUCUUGUCGGUGACAUCACAUCAGUUCUUGCAGGCUAAUUACACGGUGAUUGAAGACCUAUCACCUACUCCAAGCGGGAUGAAUCUCGCGUCGGAUUACCAAGGAAGGAACUUAGUAAGGAAGCUUUUGCAACAUGAUGACCUGCACCAAUUGCUGAAACAUGUCAGAGACAAUGGACAGAAAACCUUGAUCACUGUUCACUAUGACACGAAAGAGAUACAUCAUGUCCUAGAGAGAGCUAAAGCCCGCCUGGAAUUAAAUCUGGCAAAGGGGAUAAAGGAUAAUAAAAAAGGUUUUUUCAAGUACAUUAACAGUAAAAGGAAGACUAGGGAGAAUGUGGCCCCCCUGCUAAGUGACGGGGGUGUUCUGGUAACGGGGGAUGCUGAGAAGGCGGAGAUACUGAAUGCCUUCUUUGCUUCUGUCUUCAGUGAAAAAGCUCCCCCUCGGGAAUCUGAGACCCUGGAGAUUAGUGAGAGGAUCUGGGGAAUGGAAGACCCCCCUUCUGUCAGGGAAGAGGUGGUCCGGGAGCGCCUAGGCAACAUCAAUGUUCAGAAAUCCAUGGGACCCGAUGGGAUUCAUCCACGGGUGCUGAAGGAGCUGGCAGAGGUGAUUGCUGAACCGCUUUCGGUCAUCUUUGAGAAGUCUUGGAAGACGGGGAAGGUGCCUGAAGACUGGAAGAUAGCCAACGUCACCCCGGUCUUCAAAAAAGGCAAGAAGGAAGACCCAGGCAAUUAUAGGCCAGUCAGCCUCACCUCUGUCCCUGGAAAGGUGAUGGAACAGCUUGUACUGGAUGUCAUCUCCAGACAACUGGAAGAAGAGGAGGUUAUCAGGAGUAGUCAGCACGGGUUCACAAGGGGGAGGUCGUGCUUGACCAACCUGGUAGCCUUCUAUGAUGUUGUCUCUGGCUGGGUGGAUAGGGGGAGAGCAGUGGAUGUAGUCUACCUUGAUUUCAGCAAGGCAUUUGAUACUGUCCCCCAUGACGUCCUUAUAACAAAGCAGAGGAAGUGUGGGAUAGAUGAGUGGACAGUGAGGUGGGUUGAGAACUGGCUGACUGGCAGAGCACAGAGGGUCGUUGUUGGUGGUGCAGAGUCCGGUUGGAGGCCUGUAACUAGCGGUGUUCCUCAGGGGUCGGUGCUGGGUCCGGUCUUGUUCAACAUCUUCAUCAAUGACCUUGAUGAGGGGAUAAUGGCCACCCUCAGCAAGUUUGCCGAUGAUACGAAGUUGGGAGGAUUGGCUGACACGCCUGAAGGCUGUGUUGCCAUUCAGCAAGACCUGGAUAGGCUGGAGAGCUGGGCAGAAAAAAACCGGAUGAGGUUUAACAAAAGCAAGUGUAGAGUCUUGCAUCUGGGGAGGAAUAAUUCCAUGCACCAGUACAGGUUGGGGGAUGACCUGCUGGAGGGGAGCUCUGCGGAAAGGGACCUGGGUGUCCUGGUGGACGACAGGUUGGCCAUGAGCCAGCAGUGUGCCCUUGUGGCCAAAAAGGCCAAUGGCUUACUGGGGUGCAUUAAAAAGAGCGUGGCCAGCAGGUCAAAGGAGGUGAUCCUCCCCCUCUACUCUGCCCUGGAAAGACCUCAUCUGGAGUACUGCGUCCAGUUCUGGGCUCCCCAGUACAAAAAAGACAGGGAUCUCUUGGAGAGAGUCCAGCGGAGGGCCACGAAGAUGGUGAAGGGCCUGGAGCAUCUCCCCUAUGAGGAAAGGCUGAGUGAACUGGGUCUGUUCAGCCUUGAGAAAAGGAGACUGAGAGGGGACCUGAUCCAGGUCUAUAAAUAUCUAAGGUGUGGGGGGCAGAAUGGCGAGGCCGGACUCUUUUCAGUGGUGAGUGGAGACAGGACAAGGGGAAACGGCCGGAAACUGCAGCAUAGGAAGUUCCACACAAACAUGCGCAAGAACUUCUUUACAGUGACAAGCAGUUUCAUUCCAAACUACCAAACAAACAACUCCGUAGCGCUGCGAAAGAACGUGAGAGGAGAGCACGGCGGGGGAACAGAGCAGCAGAAACAUGGUGUCCACCUUCCCUCACGCCGGUCUCUCUGUGGGCUGAUGGCAGCCAGCACCGCUCCAUCCCCACUCCCACAGGCAAGAAAACCAACACGCGUUGACUACAGCCGUAGUAAAACCAUGCCGGUGGGCUGCAAGGGCAGCCAGGUGGGUCAGGAGGAGAGGAUGGGGGGUCUCCUCGUGGGGAGGGCGCGCACGUAUCCCCGUGGCAGGGGCGGGGGAAAACUCCACGACCUCCUCUCGGAAAGGUACCUCUCGAUAAAUGCCAUCGCGUCGCGCCGGCGUCGCUUUCUCCGAGCAGCACGCUGCACACCCGAAGUGUGCUGCACCUCCUCCUCCAUUCGCCAUGUGGAGAGCAGCGAGCCGGCCCCACACAGCUUCCCCAGGCACCCCGGUUCCGCUGCCUUCGCGCUUUCCAGGGUCAUUACAGGUGCAGAACACAAAUCUGCAGCCUCCACACACGAGCCCCUUUCGGAGCGGAGAACCACGCCGCGGAGCGUCCUCACCGCCCGCCUCCCGCCGCCCCAGUGCCCCCGCGGGACGUGCCGGUCUCGCCCUUCUCCCGACCCCCACUCGCGGGACGCGGCCCCGGCCCCUCGCGGCCCCCGGCCCCGCUCACCCCGAGCUGCGGCCCCGCUACGGGCGGCGGUGUCCAUGCGGGCGGGCGGGCAGCGCCCGCAAGCCGGGCAUCAUGGUCCGCCCUCCCUCCUCCUCUGCGCCGCCCGCGGGCAUCGCGCGGAGCCCAUCUCCCCGCACAGCCACGGAGGAGCUGCCGGUGCCGCAGCGGAUGCGGCCUGGGGAGACGCGGCACGCGGAUGGCUCCGGGCCGAGGAGAGCGGCCCGCGGUGCGGCGGAAGGGCCGGGGGAGCUGCCGCCGCCUGGGACCGCGCCGGAGCGGUGCCUGAAGGGUGGGCCGCGUGUGUGGAGCCGGGCUGGGGCAGCGCUCGGGGAGCUGCAGGCUGUGGGGAGCCCACGCGGGAUCCGUUCAGGAACGACGGCGUUCCUGAACGAACGAGGGACACACGUGGAGCUGGGCUGCGAGUGACCGUGGGUGGCAGGGAUGACGGUUACAGGCUGACUGCAGCCCAUGUUCCCCUGCAGCGCUCAGAGGGAAGAGAAAAGAACUUGGAUACCUUUGUGUCAAAGAGGAUCAAAAUGGAUCUCUGCCCUGAGAGGUGCUCUACACUUACACAGAGGCCUGUUCUACAACGUCGGAGAGACUGGAUCCUGCUGAGAUGCUGCUGGAGAAAUGCUGGAAUGGUCUUUGCCAUGGAGAAAGUGAAACUGGCAGAUGCAGAACAGCCAAACCAAACUGAUGCAAACCAAAUACACACAAGGAUAUCUCUAGGAUACAGAUUGCUGUCUACUGCUGAGGCAAAUAGGGACCAACAUCCUGCUCCUCUCUCAGUGUUCAGUGCCACAGCAGUUUCCCUGUUGGCUGUUCCCCACUACUUGGUUAUUGCCCUCUGCAUUUGCAAGGAUGUGGAAAAGAUCUGUCAACCAGAAGACAGUGAGAGAAAAGGGAGCCUGUGAUUGUCAGCAUGAGGGCGAGGUGCAAGGGCUGUCCCGAGGCCCCCUGGGACGCACUGUGGAGCUGCAGAGAGGAAGGAGAGGGCCGCAGUCAGUCUCGGCAGCGAGGGAGGAGGGGCUGCAGCCCUGCAUCCCCCAGCUCAACGCAGAUCAUGCGCAGAGGGGAGAGGCCCCU